AUGGGUGCUGGCCUCGAGCCUUUGCCUGCAGCACCGCUUCCUGGCUGUGCCACGCUGGGGGCAGCCCCUCUGGCCUUUGCUGCCGCUCAAGACGAGUUGGUCCGAAAGCUGGAGCAGAUCGACCUGGCCAAGAGCUUGACGCAGCAGGCUGCCAGGCGAGCGCGACUACAGGCGGCGCUUCUGCUGGAGCUUCUGCAGCUGCCUGAGCUGGCGCAUGCGCUGGGCCUCGCUGUGGGCCUGCGCGCCUCGCGGCGCUUCGCCACCUCAGCCCGGAGCCACGGAGCGAGCAUGCGGCAAAUGCUGCCUCGACUUUGUGAAGAGGUGCAGCCUCAAUUCUUCGUGGUCGGUGGGUGCGUGGCAGGAACUGAGCUUUCCUGCCUGCAGCACUAUGACCCAUCACAAAACGUAUGGGAUGUCAGACAGCCCAUGCCCACGGAGAGGCGUUGGUGCAGUGGUGCGCAUUGCUUGGGGAAAAUCUACGUCAUCGGGGGCCAACAGGAGGGACACGUGCUAGGGACUGUCGAGCGAUACGAUGUCGAGAUGGGUUUUUGGGAGCCUGUUCCCGACAUGCCGACUGCCAGGGAGGCCUGUGGGGUGGCCUCGUGCGGGUCUUUCUUGUAUGUCCUCGGCGGCUGCGAGCAUGAUGAGGCUUUGUCGGUGACCGAGCGAUUGACAGUCGACGAGACCGUGUUGUGGUGGGAGUGCUUGGAAGAUAUGCCAUGCAGUCGUGAUGCCUGCGCUGCAGCUUCACUGACUGAUCGACUCGUUGUGGUCGGUGGUCGAUGUCGAGAUUUCCUUUCCUCCGCCGACAUGUUGCACGUAGAAUCCGGCCGUUGGUCUCCGCUUCCGCCGAUGCCUACACCUCGUCUGGGCUGCUCAGCGGCAGCUGUUGGUAGAUCAGUCUUUGUUUUUGGCGGUCAUGCAGGUAGAGGUAGGGCACUUGCAGCCGUCGAGCGACUGGACACAGCAGCUUUUAUCUGGGAAGCUGUUGCGGACAUGCCAACACCACGACUUGGCUGCGUGAGUCUCUGCCACAAACCCGUCGCGAACACACUCAGCAUUUAUGUCUUCGGUGGUCACAAUGGCCACGGAGCCAUAGCGACUGCAGAAUGUUUGGAUGUUACUGGCAGCGGAGAUGUUCUCGGUUGGAGGAUGCUGCCCUCCCUGCCAACACCGUCUUACGCGUGUGCUGGGGGCGUUUCACUCUGUUAG